AUGAACUGCUUGAUCCUGGCAGCGGCUCCUAUACUCGACUCCAUGCCCGUCCACAUUUGGAUGACGCGGGCGACGAGGACGAUAUUGAACGACACCACGGCAGUCAAGCUGACACCGACGCUGCGUAGUGCUGCUGCCAUCCAAAGCUACGAAUUGUCGCAGCGCCAGCCACCACUUCUUGGAAGCUGGUAUAUAAAGGUGCCUUGGGUUCGAUGCCUAGCAAACGAACUUGCCGAGAAGUCUGCAGGUAAAGGGCUGGAUACGAAAAGCGCCUUCAACACCCUAUUGGUAAUGCAGCUGGAUAUGGAUGAAGCAAGGAGGGUCGACAGAGGCGCGCAAGAGCAACUCUUCGGUCGGAGCCUCAACGUAUACGCGUCCGAACAAGCCCAAGAUCCAGGUCUAAGUGGCCAAGUGGUAGUUGACCAAUUCGCCUUCAGCUCUUACGCCAUGACGGUCUUGUUCACAACCUUGGAAGACGGGAUCGGAAUCGAGUUCACUUUUGACGAUGGAGUCGUGGAAACGGACCUAGUGCGACGGAUGUCUCUGCAAUUCGAAACACUGCUUCGACAGAUGUGCGCCGAGAAGCUGGCAGAUGCGACUCUCGCCACCUUGUCGGCCGCCAGCACACGCGACCUUGAGGACGCCUGGAGCUGGAAUUCCACCAUAGCCCCUGAUGUGAACAAGCGUAUCCACAACAUGAUCAUCGAGAACAUGAACGCCAAGGCCCUGCAUGGGUCAUUGGCUGUCCGGGCACAUGACGGCCAAUACACCUACAGGGAGCUCGACGACAUGUCUGAAAGACUGGCCCUGGCGCUGAUGGCGGCCGGACGGGCCGCCGUGCGCCCAAACGUCGUCAUCCCUCUCUUCUUCGAGAAGUCCAAGUGGACCGUCGUUUCAAUCCUUGCAGUCUGGAAGACAGGCGCUGCCGUGCUCACCCUCGACGAUAACCUGCAGGAUGACCAGAUCCACGACAUGAUCGAUCAGGUAUCGCCCCCGUUUAUCGUGGCCUCUUCCGGCCGCGAGCAACGUUGCCGACGCGUCCUGGACAUGGAACACAAGAUGGCGCUGCCCAUCAUCGUCGUCGAUGCCGCAUUCAUAUCGAGCCUUGCUGCAUGCGGUCUUGAGCGCGGGACAGCAAACGAGGCACCCAAAAAGACGGCUGUGCAGCCAUCAGACCUGCUCUAUGUCAACUUCACUUCCGGCAGCACGGGCAAGCCAAAAGGCGUCAUGGUGCGGCAACGCAAUUUCGCUGCCGCGACGACUUACCAGGCUGAGGCAUUCGGGUUCUCGGAGAAGUCACGCGUCUAUGACUUUGGCGCAUACGCCUUCGAUAUAACAUGGCUCAACCUCAUCUUCACCUUGACAGUCGGCGGCUGUUGGUGCAUUCCCACCGACGAUCAACGAAGAGACGACCUUGCGCGGUCGUUCCGAUGGCUCGAAGCCAACCUGGUCAACUUGACACCUUCUGUGAGCCGCACAAUCGACCCCGGCUCCAUGGUCAGAUUGGAGACGUUGGGCUUCUGCGGCGAGCCCGUCCUCGGCACCGACGCAGCGCAAUGGUUGAGGAAUGGACCACAGACGAGGCUUAUCAACACCUACGGGCCCUCGGAAUGCACGACGGCAACGACUGCCCACAUUCUCACCAAGAGAGACGUCGGGGCGCACCUGGACACGCAGGCAGAGGCGGCAGACCGUCUCGGACCGGCGAUCUCGUCCGACCGCACCCUCUCCUACGUCUCUAGAGCCGACACGCAGGUCAAGAUUGGCGGGCAUUGCGUCGGCCUGGCCGAAAUCGAGUUCGUGGCGCAGCAGAUCUUGGACGACCAAGGCACGCAAAUGCAUCUGACGGCGGAUCUCGUCAGACCCGCUGGCACCGAAACGAAGCUGCUGGUGGCCUUCAUCGCCGCCCAGCCAGCCAGGCAAUCCGAGUCUGCAACGUCGGCCUCAUCGAAGCAGCGCGUGGCCGACUGGCUGGGUGCUUCAGAGCUUCGCGAGAUGAUGGCCAGACAACUCCCGUGGACGCUCGUCCCGCGCGUCUGCAUCCCCAUCGAGGACAUUCCCGUCAACAACUCGGGCAAGGUGGAUCGCCGAAAGUUGUCGGCGUCUCUGCAGAGCAUGACAGUGGACCAAGUCCUCCGCCUCGACCACGCGGGCGCCCCGGCUGCCGUCGUGAAGCUCGCGCCCGAGACAGCAAACGAAGCCGAGCUCAGACAGAUCUGGUCCAAGGUUCUGUCUAUUGCCGAGGACAAGAUCGGCAUCGACGACAGCUUCAUUCAGCUUGGCGGUGACUCGAUCCUCGCCAUGAAGGUCGUCGGAAUGGCUCGGCAUCGGCACUUGAGCCUACGGGCCGCGCAAGUCAUUGCCACGCCAGUUCUUCGGGACCAGGCCAGGCAUCUUCAUCUCUGUCAAUCGACCAAGCGAACAGACACAGAUAAUGCCAUGUUGCUUGCCAAAGACAAACUCACUAUUAGCACGUUGGAUGCGUUCGCACCCCGGCGUGCCACCAUGUUCCAAACCCUCUGCAUAGACGCAACCCGUCACGCAAAGCCGGCUUGGUACGGAUUUUGCAUCAUUGACCUUCCAGCAUCACUCCCUCACUUGGGCAGGGGCCCGGAGGCAGCGAUACAGCUUUGCAACUGGCUCUGGGUAAUGUUCGACAUCCUGAGAGCCGUCUUUCUGCCUGAAAGCCCGAGUAAGGAAUCAACUGGAUACAUCAUGACAUUCGCACCAUCCGCAAAAGUUCCUCUGGAGCCGUUAUGUAUGUUGAAGCACACGGACAGUCUCGAAGCAGCAACUCGGGAGAUCAGAAGCUCCAAGGGUUACGAGUCCAUGGCACUUGGCUACCCGUUCGUCAAGUUUUGGGUCUUACACCAUGCACGAUCAUCCGGUGACCCCUCGACUCGUAUCAUGAUUCGCCUGCCUCAUGCGCAGUACGAUGGAAUCAGCCUGAACCGCAUGUUACUGCAAGUCGCGUCAUACGCCCGUGAUGGCACCUUUGAGCGUCCGCUGCCUUUUGGACGCUACCUCGAUGCCGUCAGCCGGUCAAGAGAGCGAAGCAUCAAGUACUGGCGUCUCAUCUUGCAGGGCGCAAGCAUGACGAGACUAGGGGUUGAGCCGGUGUCACUCUCUGCCACCAAGACGAGGGAUGGUUCGCUGUCUAUUCCCUCUAUUCGAACUCGUCUCCCUAACUGGCCUCCCAAGAGCACGAACAACGUCACUCCGGCGACACUCUUCACAGCCAUCUGUGCUCGCACCAUUUCACGAGUUGCCGGCGUAGACAACGUCGUCUUUGGCCGACUAGUGGCGGGCCGGGCAAUGGCCUCCGCGACGUCUUCAAAUAGUGAGGAGAUCGCUGAAUCCGGCAGCAUGGCCACGGUGACUGGACCACGUAUUAACUUCGUCCCUGUCUGCGUCGAGGGUGCCGCGUACCGUAUUGACAUCGUGGAUGUCAUCCACAAGCAACUGAUUGAUGGCAUGGAGCACGAAGGCAUUGGCCUACCGGAGAUGGAGUUUGCAUCUAGGUCAGGUUUCGGUUUCACAGUGCAGUAUCAGAACCAUCAGAAUAUGCAACGUGAGGACCUGGAUUUGCUCAAGGCCGCUGAUAUGGGCGAGCCUAACAUUCGGUUUGGCUGGCUGCAUGGGCAGAAGGAAGAAAAAGACGAGGCUUUGUUUUCGGAUUGCAUUGCUAUUCGGGCUGAGCCUGCGGAGCUCGAACAUGUUGAGACCGAAGGAGUCGUCGGAUCGGGUGGUGAAAAUGGCUGGGACAUAAUCGUCUCCGGGCCUGAGUCGAGGAUGGGAGUCAUGAAGGGUAUAGCUAAAGAGAUCAUAAAGAUUGCUACAGAUGAUAGAAUCUAG